GCGAGAUUUGCAUUUUUGCCGCCUAUGUAAGGAUGUUCUAUAUAAGUUUGUGACCUCUUCAGUCGGGCUUGCAGCUUUCAACAAGCAGCUUUCCUCACUCUAAGUCACUCGCUUUCGACACCUAAAAGUCAUUCGUUUCGACAUAAAACAUCGAUCAGGAUGAUUGCCUCUCAUUUAUUCACUGCGCUUGCAGUCUUCUCCAGCAUGACCACCGCCUUCCCCUCGAUAGUCCCAAAGUCCUCUUUUGAACGCCGCGACACCGGCCCAGCUCUCCCAUCCAAUUGCACUGAAUACACCUCUCCCAGCACAGGUACUCGCACAAUUUGCAGGCCAUCUGACUGCGCGACCACAUACAAAGCUGAGCAGGACGACACUGUGACCCAGGUCGCCGCGAAGUUCGGCAAUUUUAGCGCGUCGAUUCUCCGCUACUGGAACCCUGAAAUCGGGCCCUAUGCCCGAUUGCAAGAAUUUAUGCCGUACUGCAUCAACACCCCCUGGUACGAAUUUGAGGGAGAGACUCAAUACCCUGACAAGUCGAUUGUUAAUACUACGGAGGUUGCGUUGACUGCUUACCCUGUCCCAUGGUUGUUGGAGGUUGUGGAUGAGUGCGAACGCUUCUACUUUAUUGGUGCAGGACAGACCGCGUAUGAUGUCUCGGUGGAUGCGGGCGUUACACUUAACGAUAUGUUUGCAUGGAACAAGUACAUCAAGGCUGAUGGCUCAGGAUUUGAUGCUGGGUACUGGGCUUGUGUGGGUGUCAGCUCCUAGAGCAAAGCGUGCAGGUCAGCAGGCUAGCGAUGAAGUUAUAGGAAGUCUGUUGUACGUCCACGCUGUAAAUGCAGUAUUAGCUAUAAGAUUUCUGUUUGUUCGCACUAAUUAAUACACUACUAUGUAAUUACUUACUAUACUUGCAAAUCCUUUGCAAGGCCAGGGGUAUGAGGCUUUCUGUAUUAGGGAUAGCGCGAUUAACGUAAUUAGUC